UAGCUUCAACAAACAUAUCCCCCAAAGGCACUACAGUCUCCGAGAGAUCAGAUUCAUCAGAGAGAGAUGAGUUCAUGGAAUUCAAUUCCAAUGGAGAUCAUAUAUGAGGUUUUAGGAUGGAUUUCCAUUAUAUGCUGGGCCUUUGCCGGAUAUCCACAGCUGAUUAUGAAUUUCCGGCGAAAAAGUGUUGUUGGAUUAAGCUUCGAUUAUGUGGUUCUGAAUUUCACGAAGCAAUCGUCGUAUUUGAUUUAUAAUGCUACUCUAUUCUUCAGUACUACUGUUCAGAAGCAAUACUUCGAUAAAUACGGCUACGAUCAGAUGAUCCCGGUGGCUUUGAGCGAUGUGUUUUUCCCCCUGCACGCGAUUUUAUUGAUCUUCGUCGUCUCAGUUCAAAUUGUAUUUUUUGAACGUGGCAACCAGAAGGUCUCGAAGGCAGCCAUCGCCAUCUUCGUGUCAGUGUGGUUCUUCGCAGCAGCUUGCCUUUAUAUAGCUAUCCCAACCCAUUCAUGGCUUUGGCUCAUCUCCAUGUUCAAUUCAAUUCAAGUUUUUAUGACCCUCAUCAAAUGCUCUCCUCAGGCAUUUUUGAACUUCACCCGGAAGAGUACAGCGGGAUUCAGUAUUGAUCCUAUACUCCUUGACCUCACCGGAGGAGUGGCAACUUUGGUUCAAAUGAGCGUGCAGUCAAUUGACCAAGGUUCUUGGGUUAACUUUUUUGGGAACAUAGGGAAGCCCUUGUUAGCUUUGGUCUCUAUAGCGUUUGAUCUGAUUUUCAUCUAUCAACAUUUCGUAUUAUAUCAUAUGAAGGCAUCAAAGGUUUCGUUUGAAUGUGACCCUGAAAGCAUUGAGCCAUUGAUUAAGGACUCUGUGAUCACUAGCAAUUGCAAGGGAUUCCCCCAACCUAUUGAUAUUUGAUGGUAUUGCUUCCACCUCUUAGCUUCUUUUUGUGCCAAAGAGGUAUAUAAAGACGUAAAUAGGCUAGUCUAGUAAAUUCUACUUUGGUACCUAUAUUUUCGACUUGUCACUAUAAGAUUAAAAAUAGAUCAUUAAAAAGAUACUCAACCCCAACAACUUCGUUUGUGAGUGAAUUCAAAAUUUUAAGACUUCUAGCACAUGUAAGAAGGAGAGAUGUAUCUAUAUUUUUUCUUUUGUGAUCUUAUGAUUGUAAAAUACUUGGUUUUAGCAUACUCCAUUCACAAGUAUAUAGUGCAAUGUAAUUGUAUAAACAAAACUUUCAACUUAUGAGUCUAAAUGUAGUUGCCAAA